AUGAAGUUUUGCCACUCUGCCGCACACCAGGUUUUCCUGUUUGAGCAGGAGAACGCGAAGCUGAAGCGGCAGGUGACCGAGAUGGCGGCGGAGAUCAAGCUACUGCGCGCCGACUCGGUCGACCGCCCCGGUACCCGCCUCGCUGCCGACCCUGCUUCCACCCUCACCGGCGUCCCUCCUCCCAUCCUCGCUGCCGACUCUGCCGACUGCCUUUCCGCCACGGGCUCGACGUCCUCCGACAAACCGACGAAGCCAUACAUGAGAGCUACCAAAGCCUCAGAAGCGCGUAUGGCCACGAGGACCGCGAGACCGAAAGCGAACGUGUCACACCCCGUCACCUUCCGACGGGGGACAUAUCGAUAUACCGACGGAAGGCUUAUUCCGGAACCUUUCAACCCGGACACCAAAGUGACGUUCCACAUCGAGACAUAUUCUAGUUGGAACAGGAGCGUUGGUCGCAACGGGAUGACGGAGGCACAAAAAAGGUUGUUCGACUGGAAGUUCGAAAAGCGACUGCGGGCCACAAGCACAUGGAGCAGCGACGAAGAGACUCUGGUGCCAUCUACCCCGGUGGCCAACUGUGGGGCCGAGAAUCCGGAGGGGGAUUUGGAAACGCCGCCAAUCCUCUCCGGCGAGAACCGUCACGACGAAGAGCCAGACACCGACGGUCAGCCCGAACACACCGACUGGAUAACCGCCCAGCCGGCCCUGGCCAACGUCUUCGUCAACCACGAUAGGGCCAUGAAGGGUAUCCGGAAGGCCCGUGACCUCGCGUACGCGGCCCUCUGGCAGUGGGCCAAAAGGGACGAUCCCGAGCUGUUCGCGGUGCUGCCUCGUUUCGGGCCCAGCUUUCUCAAGGCGACAUACGGAGAGCUAAGCUGGGCGACCGACGACUUUCGACGGGGUAGCAAGAUCGAACGACACCUUCGGCUGCUGGUCGACCUCCGCAACUUCGUCGCGCAUCCUUCGCCGUGCAGUACGCUAGCAUACGGCUACUACAUUGGUGUAGCCGAAGGUCUGUGCCAGUGUGUCGAUGACGCAUCGCGGCUCCGGAAGAUCCGGAGAAUUCGGGAAGGCUGGCGUCUAGAGGCCCAGCAAAUGCUGGAAGAGAUCCAGGCAAGGGAGGCGCUGUUUCACCUGCCGGGCCUGGGCGCGGGCGACAGCGACUGUAGACCUAUAUGGAAGAAAAAGCACACCGUGUUGUUCCAACAGGUCCUGCGCGGUUAUACAUGGGCGCGCGACGACCCAGAGAGAACCCUUCCUGUCGUUGCCCGGGCUGCAAGGGGAUGGGGAGACUCAACAUUGGCAGAUUACGAUUAGUUUGGGACUUUUUGUUCGCUCUUCCAUGCUGACUUGUGCUCGCAAGGCGUCUCGGCCGCGUCGUAGCCACAUGUACAUGCGAUCAGAGUGAUAUAGCUUGGCUUAUUA